CCCGAGCAGAAAAAAUAUGCGCGCUGUCGGUCAAAGUGACUGGCGUAGUGCUGUGAACAGUGCAGUAGCUAUCUGUGUUGUGUUAUGACAGCAUGUACUCGAAUAAGUUUGGCCGCCUCAUAUUAGGGCUGUACAGCUGUAAACCGAGCGCUGUCUGCGGUGCGGUCCGGAGUGCCGCAGGGCGGAGCGGGUUCAGCUGGACUGCGGUGUGUAAACAGCGGACACUGUGGCUGCAGAGGAGCGCCUGUCUGAAGACCCAGCGACAAACCCUGCCCAGCCCCAUCAGUGCUAGGUCAGCCUCCCAAACCACAGUGGACCCCGAUGAGCUGAGGAGGUUCCAGUCACUGGCCAGCAAGUGGUGGGAUGAACAGGGAGAAUUUGCAGCUCUUCAUGCCAUGAAUGACUUGAGGGUGCCUUUUAUACGGGAUAAUCUGCUGAGUGUGCACGGAGCGUAUCAUCCUGGGAAACCACUCGCAGGACUCCGAAUACUGGAUGUCGGCUGUGGAGGAGGCCUGCUCACAGAGCCCUUGGGUCGCCUGGGAGCGAAUGUGUUGGGAAUAGAUCCAGUAGAACACAGCAUCGGCACAGCCCAGCUGCAUUCGUCCUAUGACCCUGACCUUCGUGACCAGGUCUGCUACCGGGCCUGCACUCUGGAGGAGCUGUCGGCAGAAGAGGAGGGAGGAGAGGAGGAGCAGGGGGCGGGCCAGUUCGAUGCUGUUGUAGCGUCCGAGGUGGUGGAACAUCUGGCCGACCUGGAAACAUUCGCCUUCUGCUGCAGCCACGUGCUGAAGCCAGGCGGCUCACUCUUCAUCACUACUAUUAAUAAAACCAACCUGUCAUACGUGUUGGGUAUUGUUGCAGCCGAGCAGCUGCUGCGCAUCGUUCCCAGCGGGACGCACGACUGGGAAAAGUUCAUCAGCCCAGUGGAGCUGGAGCGCCUCCUGGAGUCCUAUGGUUUCUCAGUGCAGUCUGUCCAGGGAAUGCUGUACAACCCAGUAUCAGGAGCCUGGAGCUGGACUAACAGCACUGCCAUUAACUACGCCCUCCACGCUGUCAAACUGAGAAACGAUCCCCAGCCACACCAGACUGAGGCAGGCAGCUCCCACCCAGAGGAGCACGCUGCAGCCUCACACAGCUGAGCAAAACGACAGAAAAUAAAAAUCAGAAUUCAGAUGUGUGGAGUCCCAGCUUCCCUGUGGCCAGCUGUGAUGCAGCAUAUACAACUGAGUUAAUUACAGGAAAAGGACAAACAGCCUUGAAGUAGAAUUAGAGAUGUACUGUAGUUGCCGUUUGGCACUCCAAAUAAGACACAUUAUGCUGUUGGUUUUCUCUCAGCCUUUGCUUUCCUGUGAACCAGCAUUACAAACAGUUUUGAAAACGUUUAGCGUUUGAUGAGCUGUACAAGGCAACUGUGCAUCCUCUAACUAUGUGUUGUGCUUUAUAUUUUAGGUUGAAUAUUUUGUAAUUUGCCAUGUCCUGUAUUGAAAUUGUCCUUUCAUCAGUUGCAUUUGUGAAGAGUGAAAGUACAACGGUGAAAAGUCUGAUGCAUUUGGUCCUGGCCGCUAACAAUAAAUGUGACUUCAUGUUG